UGCAAUCAAGAAAAUAAGAGCUUCUUAUCUGCUACUUAUCUGCACGAAAAGUUUAUUCCACCCCGCUAAAUCAAAGGUGGGGGAAAUAUGCGACCAUUGCCAAUCUUUCGGGAGGCUUGGAAGUACCGCCAAUGGCUGGACUUUCUGGAUUGGGAUGACUUCCACUCAUGGGGUUUCCUCUCCUCGGGUUUCUCGGUCCCUGGAUUGUGCUUGACCCUGGCAACUGAAGUUUCUUCUUGUGCGGUCCCUGAGUUCCCCAAAGCCUAUAACCUAGAAAUGCAACGUCUCUGUAUUGACGGGCAAGCAUAUCCUUGCUAUCUGCUUUCUCAAUUGUUUCCAUACUUUCAAUGCCCUGUACCUCACUGAAUGCUCCGUCAGAUCGGCAUCUGUAUCCAUCCGGUCCCUCCAGUCGGUAUGUUUGCGGAUGACUAGAAAGUUAGCUCUGGCCACACUACUACAUGAUGUUGUGAGGAUGGUCCAAUCAUGCCCAUCUCAGUCGUUUUAGGAUUUAUCAGAUCAAAAUGUUCUUCUCCCAC